AUGGAAGAGUCUCCGCAUUCAGAAGUUGCCCAAGCCCUUGAUGUACUCCGGCGGUUCAAACUCGCCUGCCAAGAUCCAGCCUUCCGGGAAUCUGUCCGCCGCGCGUCCAAGAAGGACCUCUAUUUGACGCUGCAGGCGAAGGUGUUCAGCUUCAAAGAGAUGGUUGCGCGGGCCCAAGCUUACCAAGACACCGUCGACCACCCCCGGCUCUGGACCUUGAGAAGCCAGUACCACGGCGCCCCGCAGAAAAACCUCGGCACUCCCCCUGCUCCUAGACCCGAUGCUCACGGUCCCCUUCCCCCUCGCCCUCCUGCUCCAGUUCCUCAUGAGCAACAGGCUUCGCCCGCGUUCAACUACCUGGUUGACGCCAUGUCCAGACUGAUCUAA